GUCAAUGAAUCAAUGAAUAUCUACCGUACAUCGUAUUCUAUGCCAAUUACGAAUAUGAAACUAUGAGCAAUUUCACAACGAAUGAAGAAGACCAGAGGGAAGCAGCAAAACUACAAGCGCGUCUAAGAAAUGCCGCUAGCGACGAUGAUGGAAACGGCAACAAUGGAGAGAUUGAUAGCGCAGCGACCUAUCAUCCAAUCCCAAACGUGACGAUGGCAGAGGGGAAACACAAAUAUGUCUUGAUGUCGGCUGUGCUUCCGAAUUCCAGCGAACGGCAGAAUUUUGUUGUCAGCAGUGCAUUUGCUUCGUAUCAUCGAGAUGCUGCUGAACCAAUGGUUGCAGCUUUGGAAAGUAGCGGGUACAAAUCAGUAGCUAUAACUGGAGGUGGACGUAUCUCUUUGGACACGAAUAAGCGGAGCAUAUCUGUGUAUGGAUUCAGUUACGGUUUUGGUCUAGCAGAUCACGCCCUUAGUGUCUCUGUGAUUAAGAACGACGAAAGAUACAAAGAUUUCGACGUUACGUGGUCGAAUGAGGGAUAUUAAUGAGUACAGUAACAAAAUAUGGUUUGGAACGUGAGAAGUGCGUCGCAAUGCUACCACUUUGAUAUCUGCGUCCAACUGGCUAGAAUUAGCUACUCCUCGAACUAAAAUCAAAAUAUAUUU